AUGGACGGGAACUACCUGAAGCCCAUAAUGACUUCGUACAUUGUGAUAUCUCCUGGCCAAACCAUGGAUAUUUUGUUGACAGCGAACCAGCCUUUAGGCCUCUAUUACAUGGCCACCAGGGAGUAUGAUUCCGCCAACCAAGACUACCAAGCUUAUGACAGCACAAACACCACUGCAAUUUUAGAGUACAAAGGCAACUAUACUCGUCCAUCACACCCUGUCUUCCCUUCUGCCCUCCCUUCAUUUCAGGAUUCGGACAAGGCGGAUGAGUUCUUGUAUCGAUUAAGAAGCUUAGUGAAUCAUGACCACCGGUCGAGGAAUUUAAGUGGCGUUUACACUAAUGAUUUUCCCGACCAACCGCCUACUUAUUUCAACUUCACCAGCGACGAUUUGCCAAUGAAUACCACAGUACCGGAUCACGGAACGAAGGCUAAGGUUUUAAGAUAUAAUGAGAGUGUGGAGAUCAUAUUUCAAGGGACUAAUACCCUUGAUACACCUGAAACUCACCCUAUGCAUAUGCAUGGAUAUAGUUUUUAUGUGGUUGGAUUUGGAUAUGGGAAUUUUGACCCGAAUUUUGAUCCGAAGGGGUACAAUCUAGUUGACCCUCCACAGCUCAACACAUUUGCUGUUCCUAGGAAAGGAUGGGCUACCAUAAGAUUUAUAGCAAACAACCCAGGUGUAUGGUAUUGGCAUUGCCAUUUUGAUAGACAUCUUUCUUGGGGAAUGAACACAGUUUUCGUAGUAAAGGAUGGAGGCACCCCUGAAACCAGCAUGAGGAAGCCCCCAGCCUUCAAGUUCCCAGAAUCUGGAAUGCUCCACAGUCGCAAGCCUACUCCCAUCUGA